AUGGUGAAGAGUUGGGGAGGAUUAGUCAUUGUCACUCUGUCUCUUCAGGUGUGUCAGCUCGUGUGCCCAUAUACAGAAGACGUGAGCGGAACCUGCACAACUACUUUGACUUUAGUGUCUGCUGAGGAUCCAAAAUGUCAACCUGGAUUCCAGUCAGAGUUGUUGAGUUUCACAGUGACCAGGAAGCACCUAAGAGGGGGCACGAGGCUGGGCAAAGUGGGCUUCACUGACUGCACAGACCGCGCAAGAUUUCUUUUCACCAGUGAUGACAGCCGCUUCAUGGUACACACAGACGGCACACUGAUGGUGAAGAGACAGGUUGUUCUACAUGAUGGACACACAGAAUUCUUCAUCCACUCCUGGGACUCACAAGGUCGCAAGAUGACAGUUCCUGUCAUGGUAGUGCAUCACGGGCAUCACCAUGGGAAUCACCAUGGCAACCAUCACCAAAAUGAAGAGCAUCAACAUGGAGACCACAAACACCACAACCAUCAGCAACACCAUUCUGAAGUAGACUCUGCAAAAACCACAGAGAGUGAAGCUGAUCCAGCGCUGCCUGUUCUGCAUUUCCCCAAGUCUAGUGAAGGGCUGAGGAGGAGGAAGAGAGAAUGGGUUAUUCCUGACAUCAAUGUUCCUGAGAAUGAGAGAGGACCAUACCCCCUAAAAGUAUCUCAGAUCCGAUCCAAUGAAGAUAAAAUAAAGAAGAUCUAUUACAGCAUUACUGGUCCAGGAGCUGAUCAGGAGCCUGUCAACCUUUUCACCAUGGACAGACUCACUGGUAUUCUGUACGUCACACAGCCACUGGACAGAGAGAAGCAGGCCAAGUACAUGUUUCAGGCACAUGCUGUGGCAGAGGGUGCAGGAAAUGCUGAGGAGCCCAUGGAAAUUAUCGUGAAUGUAAUUGACCAGAAUGACAACAAGCCGAUAUUUGCAAAGGACACCUACUUGGGAGAAGUUGCUGAGAACUCACCAACAGGUUUUGAGGUGAUUCAGGUUGUAGCCACAGAUCUGGACCAGCCAGACCAUGACAACUCAGAUAUCCGCUACCGUAUUAUGAGCCAGAACCCAGAGUUGCCCAGCGAUGUGUUUGUCAUCAACCCAGUGACUGGAGCCAUCAGCCUCAAUGCUGCUGGGCUAGACAGAGAGCAAUACCCAAAGUUCACUCUGGAGGUAGAGGCAGCUGACAUGAAAGGAGAAGGGUUGAGUGCAGGAGCAACAGUAAUCCUCACUGUCACAGAUAGAAUAGACAAUACUCCAGACAGUCAGCCCUCGAGUGAAGCUGAUCCAGCGCUGCCUGUUCUGCAUUUCCCCAAGUCUAGUGAAGGACUGAGGAGGAGGAAGAGAGAAUGGGUUAUUCCUGAGAUCAGUUUUUCUGAGAAUCAGAGAGGACCAUACCCCCUAAAAGUAUCUCAGAUCCGAUCCAAUGAAGAUAAAAUAAAGAAGAUCUAUUACAGCAUUACUGGUCCAGGAGCUGAUCAGGAGCCUGUCAACCUUUUCACCAUGGACAGACUCACUGGUAUUCUGUACGUCACACAGCCACUGGACAGAGAGAAGCAGGCCAAGUACAUGUUUCAGGCACAUGCUGUGGCAGAGGGUGCAGGAAAUGCUGAGGAGCCCAUGGAAAUUAUCGUGAAUGUAAUUGACCAGAAUGACAACAAGCCGAUAUUUGCAAAGGACACCUACUUGGGAGAAGUUGCUGAGGCCUCACCAAUAGGUACAGAUGUGAUUACGGUCACAGCCACAGAUCUGGACCAGCCAGACCAUGACAACUCGGACAUCCGCUACCGUAUUAUGGACCAGGACCCAAAGUUGCCCAGCUACCCUCUGUUUAUCAUCAACGCAGUCACCGGAGCCAUCAGAGUCAAUGCUGGUGGUCUAGACAGAGAGAAAUACCCAAAGUACACUCUGGAGGUACAAGCAGCUGACAUGAAGGGAGAGGGACUGAGUACAACAACGAAAGUAAUCCUCACUGUGACAGAUAGUAAUGACAACGCUCCAGUCUUCACUCAGCCCUCUUAUGAGGGAACAGUUGCAGAAAAUAAAGUGGGUGCUGUGGUCCUUACCAUGUCAGUAACAGAUGGUGAUGAGCCACAUUCCCCAGCCUGGAACGCCAAGUUCAAGAUUGUCGAUGGUGAUCCUGGACAAAUUUUCAGUGUGAACACAGGAGUUAACAAACAUGAAGGAAUCCUCACCACCAUAAAGGGUGCUGACUUUGAGAGGUCCGGCAAACACACUCUGAUGAUUGCAGUGGAGAAUGAGGUUCCUUUUGCUGUUCCACUCCCUACUGCCACCGCCACUGUAGUGGUGACUGUGGAAGAUGUCAAUGAAGCUCCGUUCUUUGAUCCAGUGGAGAAGCUUGUGUCUAAACCAGAGAACCUUGCCAUCGACAGUGAAGUGGUGCGCUACACUGCUAAUGAUCCAGACAUUGCACGCAAACAGACAGUCUCGUAUAAGAUAGUUAGUGACCCAGCGGGCUGGUUGACUGUGAACAAAGACACGGGCGUGAUUACAGUGAAGAACGCCAUGGACAGAGAGUCUCACUUUGUAAAGGACAACAAAUACACAGCACUCAUUGGUGCAUAUGACAAUGAUGAAGUCCCAGCCACAGGAACUGGUACUCUGAUCAUCCAGCUUGAAGAUGUUAAUGACAACGCACCCUCCAUUGUAGAACGUGAAUUCACUGUGUGUAACAAGGACGGCGCUCCUCAGUUGCUGUCAGUGACAGAUAAAGACGGACCGGGCUUCACUGCUCCAUACAGAGUCUCUCUACAUGGCAUGACUAAGUCUCACUGGACUGCUAGGAUGAAUGACUCCAAAACAGGCAUCAUCCUGAAUAUGGCUACUGAACUGCCCAGAGGAGUGUACACUGUGAUCCUAAAGGUUGCAGACAACCAGGGCAUGGAGCAGGACAGCAACUUGACGGCCACAGUGUGCAACUGCAAAGGUCAUCAGAUAAACUGCAGUCAAGUGGAUGAGGCAGGUUUGAAACUGCCAGUGAUCCUGGGAAUACUUGGAGGUGCCCUGUUGCUGCUCUUGCUGCUGCUGCUGCUGCUGAUGUUUGCAAGACGGGGCAAAGGAGAGCAGAAGGUUCCUCUACUGCAGGACGAUGAUAUCAGAGACAACAUCUACUACUAUGAUGAAGAGGGAGGUGGAGAGGACGAUCAGGACUAUGACCUGAGUGUUCUGCACCGUGGUCUGGACAACCGGCCCGAGGUGUUCAGGAAUGACGUGGUGCCAAACUUCAUGCCGGCUCAUCAGUACCAGUACAAGCCCCGCCCAGCCAACCCAGAUGAAAUCGGCAACUUCAUCGACGAUAACCUGAAGGCAGCAGAUAACGACCCAACAGCACCCCCCUACGACUCCCUGCUGGUGUUCGACUAUGAGGGAGGCGGCUCUGACGCAGGAAGCCUGUCGUCACUGAACUCAUCAAGCAGCGGAGACCAGGACUACAACUGCCUCGGCGAAUGGGGACCCCGCUUUAAGAAACUGGCCGACAUGUACGGAGGAGGAGAAGACGAUGACAUGCUGUAAACGUACCAAAGAACAAACGCAGCGGAUAGGUGGAUGGACGUACGGCCAAGUGAAUGUUCUAUUAAUGUAAGCAUGGACUGAGAAUCCCAGGGAAACUCCCGUCAGCCCUGUGUGUGGAUUAUGUUUCACCGUUCAGUGCAGUCCUAUCAGAAGCCAAAGGAUGAAUUUGUUCUUUUAUAAACCCCCCCUCUGUCUGUCUGUUAGACCCCUGUUUGACUUGUAGGCUGAUGACUAAAAAUGCUUUCUGUUUUUCGUUCUGAAGCCAUGUCAUCAGUCUCAAUGUUCAUUUAUGAAUUUUGUACAGAGUUGAGAUAUUUUGGCCUGCAUCAUAGCUUACUGGGUGACGCUGGACACACGCAGACGCUUGCACUGGUAACAUUGUGUAAUUUUGGCAAUGUGUGGUACUUUACAUUUCUUGCUUGUUUUUUC